GCCCGAUUUUCUUAGUCAAUCUCUCUCUAGGUUCGUGUGUCUGUGGAUGACUAUACAUACAGCGGCCCUGUAUAUAUAUGCGGAGCUGUCGACGAGCAGACAGUGAAACCCUACGAUAGGGAGUCUUUCACGAGUUUCCUCAUCCCUCUUUACAUUCAGGAACAAGGCAGCUGCCAAAUCACCACACACACACACAAACACACACAGAGCUUAAACUUUUAAUAAUGGCGGCGAUCGAUCCAACUCGUGGAUUUCUUAAAGAUGUGAAGCGUAUCGUAAUUAAGGUUGGGACAGCUGUCGUCACUCGAGAAGACGGAAGACUUGCGCUUGGAAGACUAGGAGCUCUCUGUGAGCAGAUUCAAAUACUAAAUUCUCAAGGAUUCGAGGUUAUCUUGGUCUCAUCAGGUGCUGUUGGUGCUGGUAGACAGCGUCUCAGAUACAGGAAAUUAGUCCACAGCAGCUUUGCGGACCUCCAAAAGCCACAGGUUGAGCUUGAUGGUAAGGCAUGUGCAGCUGUUGGACAAAAUGGUCUCAUGGCACUUUAUGAUACACUCUUCAGUCAGCUUGAUGUCACAUCAGCUCAGCUUCUUGUCACUGAUAACGACUUCAGGAGUCCAGAAUUUAGGAAACAACUCACUGAAACAGUCGAUUCUUUAUUGUCUUAUAAAGUGAUUCCUGUAUUUAAUGAAAAUGAUGCUGUUAGUACCCGUCGUGCUCCAUAUGAGGAUUCUUCUGGUAUUUUCUGGGAUAAUGACAGUCUGGCAGCUCUGCUAGCUUUGGAGUUAAAAGCCGACCUUUUAGUGCUGUUGAGUGAUGUGGAUGGUCUUUACAGUGGCCCACCAAGUGAUCCUCAGUCAAAGCUAAUUUAUACAUACAUUAAGGAGAAGCUUGAGAAUACAAUUACUUUUGGUGAUAAGUCAAGGCUAGGAAGAGGUGGAAUGACUGCUAAAGUCAAAGCUGCUGUUUAUGCUUCACAAGCUGGGAUCCCUGUCAUUAUAACAAGUGGUUUUGCUGGGGACAAUAUUGUCAGAGUACUUCAAGGACAGCGUAUUGGUACACUCUUUCAUCAGGAUGCUCAUACAUGGGUGUCAAAUGGGGAGUUAAAUGCACGUGACAUGGCAGUAGCAGCAAGAGAAAGUUCUAGGCGUCUUCAGGCCAUGUCUGCAAAAGGAAGAAGUAAGAUAUUACUUGAUAUAGCUGAUGCUCUUGAAGCAAAUGAGAAAGUGAUUGUACAUGAAAAUGAAGCUGAUAUUUCUGUUGCUGAAGAUGCUGGAUAUGAAACAUCUUUAGUGUCUCGGUUGGCUCUAAAGCCUGGGAAGGUUGCUAGUCUUGCCAAAGCCAUACGUGUGCUUGCAAAUAUGGAAGAGCCUAUUGGACAAGUAUUAAAGAGAACAGAGCUUUCAGAUGGAUUCAUCUUAGAUAAGACAUCGUCUCCUUUGGGUGUCCUUCUUGUUAUAUUUGAGUCUCGCCCCGAAGCACUAGUUCAGAUAGCAUCAUUGGCUAUCCGAACUGGGAAUGGGCUUCUUUUGAAAGGGGGAAAGGAAGCAAGACGGUCCAAUGCUAUCUUGCAUAAGAUUAUUACUUCGGCUAUACCAGAAAAUGUUGGUGGAGGACUAAUUGGACUUGUGACUUCUAGAGAUGAGAUUCCUGAAUUGCUCAAGCUUGAUGAUGUGAUUGAUCUUGUGAUACCAAGAGGCAGCAAUAAACUUGUUUCUCAAAUAAAGUCUUCAACAAAAAUUCCUGUUCUAGGUCAUGCUGAUGGAAUUUGUCAUGUGUAUGUGGACAAGUCUGCGGACAUGGAAAUGGCAAAGAACAUAGUUUUGGAUGCAAAAACAGACUACCCUGCAGCCUGUAAUGCCAUGGAAACACUUCUUGUUCAUAAGGAGCUGAUGGAAAACGGUGGUGUUAAUGAGCUUCUCAUAGAACUUCAAACUAAAGGUGUUUGCAUAAAUGGUGGUCCAAGGGCGAGCUCUGUGCUUAAUCUUACACCAGCACCCUCGUUCCAUCACGAGUAUGGUUCAAUGAAUUGCACCCUUGAAAUUGUGGAUGACGUGUAUGCAGCCAUUGAUCACAUACACAAACAUGGAAGUGCACAUACUGAUUGUAUUGUUACGGAAGACCGAGAAGUUGCAGACCUGUUUCUAAGUCAAGUGGACAGUGCUGCUGUAUUUCACAAUGCCAGCACAAGAUUUAGUGAUGGAUUUCGGUUUGGUCUUGGUGCAGAGGUUGGUAUAAGUACGAGCAGGAUCCAUGCUCGUGGGCCCGUAGGUGUUGAAGGAUUGCUUACAACACGGUGGAUUGCACGAGGAAGCGGACAAGUGGUGGAUAAUGAUAAAGGGGUUGUGUACACUCACAAAGACCUCACCACCACCACCACCACCCAUAAUAAUAAUAAUAAUAAUCAUAAAGCAGCAGCUUAAGCUUAUGUUAGCUUUAGAUUGUGUGGUUUGGUUGAGUUGAGCCUCUUAAUGGCAUCAUAAAUGGAAUUAAGGUGGUAGUAGUAGUAGGAGGCUAGGCAUGCAUGCAGAGAAUGGAAAGAUUUGGAUGUUGUAAGAUCACGAUGACGAUGAGAUGAGAUGAGAUGAGAUGAUACAUUGAUGAGUAUUUAUUAACAGCUUUUAAUGCGUUCGUGACUUAAGCGGACCAGGCUGUGAGUCAGUGUCAAGUGUCAAGUGUCAACUACAAAACCCACCCAAACCCAAUUGGUUCCACUUUCUUUGAUUAUUGUUUGUGUGAGAGGGAGGGAAGUUUGGUGUUAGUUGCUUUCUAGGUACUGGUAGCCACCCACCUAUUCUUCUUAUUUCUUAUUACAAGUCAAGUCAAGUAGUUAUACAUUGAA